AAGGUGUUUCUAAAACAGCUCCAGCUGGAGGGUGCUUUUUAAAUUCUUCAAGGACAAGAUGAAUACAGACUCGAAGGAGGUUUUCCCCUUGGAUGGGCAAGCUCCUGAAGUUUGGGAAGAACUUCUGACAGUGAAAGUGGAGAUGGAAAGUCGUGUCCGAACACAGGAGUCCAGGCUGAAACCUAGUAAUCUUCUGGGGAGGGAAAUUUUCCGAAGGCGCUUUCGACAGCUGUGCUACCAGGAGACCCCUGGACCCAGGGAGGCCCUCACCCGACUCCAGGAACUCUGCCGCCAGUGGUUGAGGCCACAUGUGAGCACAAAGGAGCAGAUCGUGGAGCUGCUGGUGCUGGAGCAGUUCCUGACCAUCCUGCCCGAGGAGCUGCAGGCCUGGGUGCGGGAGCAUAGCCCAGAGAGUGGGGAAGAGGCUGUGGUUUUGCUGGAGGAUCUGGAGAGAGAGCUCGAUGAGCCACAACAUGAGGUCGUAGCCCACACACAGGGGCAAGAAGUCCUCUCCGAAGAAGUGCCUGUGGGGGCGCCGACUCCACUGAGCCUCCAGUCCCGGCCUCAGGAGUCCCAGCUCACCUGUGACACUGCUCAGCAGCCCCACGCUGUUGGAGAGACAGAUGCAAUGACCAAGGCUGAGGACAGAGAGCUGGUGUUGAGAAAAGACUGUCCUAAGACAGUGGCGUCCCAUGGGGAAAUAUUUUACGGACAGACUUUGGAGGAAUCCCCCCGGGAUCCCCAACAUGGAGAACCCGGUGACCCUGCGGGUUGGGAAGCGGGGCGCUGGGGCGGCCUCCAAGAGGAGCGACGGCACAAGUGUGACGCGUGUGGGAAGAGCUUUGCCCAGAGCGCAGGCCUUGUGCGCCAUCGGAGGAUCCACACCGGGGAGAGGCCGUACGAGUGUAAGGAGUGUGGGAAGACCUUCAGUCGGAGCUCGGGUCUCUUCAACCACCGAGGGAUCCACAACGUACAGAAGCGGUACCGCUGCUCGGAGUGCGGCAAGGCCUUCAGCCAGAGCGCGGGUCUCAUCCAGCACCAGCGGACCCACAGGGCAGAGAGGCCCCAUCAGUGCGGCCAGUGCGGGAAGAGCUACGGUCGGCGCUCGUUCCUCAUCGAGCACCAGAGGAGCCACACGGGCGAGCGGCCUCACCGGUGCACCCAGUGCGGGAAGAGCUUCAACCGCCGCUGCAACCUCAGCCGCCAUCACAAGACGCACGCGGCGGCCGCGCGGGUCUAGUCGUCGCUGGCGGCGGGCCUUCCCGAUCGCGGGCCACGUUCGCGUGCCGCUGCGUUUCCAGCAAGUACUGGCCUGCGGGCUGCGCACACCCGAAGAGGGAGGUGCGGUGUCUGGAGCUGCUGCUUUCCCUCGGGCUCCUUCACCCGCUCCCGGGCCGCCCUGCCCGCACCGCCCCAUAGGUCCCGGCUUCGA